AGUUAAUGCUCAAUAAAGGUCCUUCUCAAUCGGUAUUAAGCUUCAUAGUUGUAUUUCAGAUCUUUCAAGAAGAGUGGCAGUUUUUCCAAGUAUGUAUAUACGGUAAUGAUUUAUAGUAACAGGUUUUCUUUAAAUCCCAGCAUAUUUCUUUCAGAUAUUGCCGUCAGCAGAAAUUAUCCUGAAGGACCUGAAAGGAAAAGAAAUACACUAAGCAAGAUUAUGAAGAAAUCUUUUGAUAAAAGCACCAAGGAUUCUAAUGCUCAACAAUCAAUGAACCUCUUGGAAUCCUGUAUGUCUACAACUUCAAUAAUAAAUGGAAAACAAAAAAUAUUCCCAUGUUCUGAAUGUGGGAAAUAUUUCCACUGUUAUUCAAAAUGUGUUAUCCACCUGAGGACUCCCACAGGAAAGAAAGCUUACACAUGUUCUAAAUGUUUUAGCUUGCACUCAAAUCUGGUUACUCAUCAGAGAACUCACACAGGAGAGAAACCUUUUUCAUGCCCUGAGUGUGGGAAAUGUUUUAGCCAAAACUCAAGCCUUGCAAGACAUCUAAGACUUCACACAAGAGAGGAAUCUUUUUCAUGCUUUGAAUGUGGGAAAUGUUUUAGUCGUUACUCAAGUGUUAUUAGUCAUCAGAGAACUCACACAGGAGAGAAACCUUUCAUAUGUUCUAAAUGUGGGAAAUGUUUUAGCUUGCACUCAAAUCUGGUCACUCAUCAGAGAACUCACACAGGAGAGAAACCUUUUCCAUGCCCUGAAUGUGGGAAAUGUUUUAGACAAAACUCAAGCCUUGCUAGACAUCUAAGACUUCACACAGGAGAGAAACCUUUCUCAUGCUUUGAAUGUGGGAAAUGUUUUAGCCGUUACUUAAGUCUUGUUAGUCAUCAGACAACUCACACAGGAGUGAAGCCUUUUUCAUGUCAUGAAUGUGGGAAAUGUUUUAACUGUCACUCAGCGUUUGCUAAACAUCAAAGACUUCACACAGAAGAGAAACCUUUCCCAUGUUCAGAAUGUGGGAAAUGUUUUAGCAUUAAAUCAAGUCUUGUUGGACACCAGAGAACUCACACAGGAGAGAAACCUUUUUCAUGUAGUGAAUGUGGGAAAGGUUUUAGCCGUCACUCAAGUCUUGUUAGUCAUCAGAGAAUUCACACAGGAGAGAAACCUUUUUCAUGUAGUGAAUGUGGAAAAGGUUUUAGCUGUCACUCAAAUCUUAUUAGUCAUCAGAGAACUCACACAGGAGAAAAAACUUUUUCAUGUUGUGAAUGUGGGAAAUGUUUUAGCCGUCACUCAAGUCUUGUUAGUCAUCUGAGAACUCACACAGGAGAGAAACCUUUCUUAUGUAGUGAAUGUGGGAAAUGUUUUAGCUGUCACUCAGAUCUUGUUAGGCAUCAGAGAACUCACACUGGAGAGAAACCUUUUUCAUGCCCUGAAUGUGGGAAAUGUUUUAGCCUGCAUCAACAUCUUGUUGUACAUCAGAGAAUUCACACCGGAGAGAAACCUUUAUCAUGCUUUGAAUGUGGGAAAUGUUUUAGCUGUCACUCAAAUCUUAUUAGUCAUCAGAGAACUCACACAGGAGAAAAAACUUUUUCAUGUUGUGAAUGUGGGAAAUGUUUUAGCCGUCACUCAAGUCUUGUUAGUCAUCAGAGAACUCACACAGGAGAGCAACUGUAGCAGAGCUCCCUGUACCAUGGCUGGGUACCUCCGCCAAGGACCGAUUCUUAGCUGGAACAGGGAAAAAACCUUAGCGCUUCUGCCCCAGUCGCCGUGGCUUGACUGUGGUCCGCCUGGAGCCUCUCUCUUUCCUGGAGCAGGAUAGUGGACUAUGUAGUGUAUGUGGGGAAUGUUUUAUCAGAAAACUCAUAGGAGUGAAUCCUUUUACAUGUUCUGAAUGCGGAAAAUAUUUUAGCCAGAACUCAAUCCUUGUUGUUCAUCAUAGAAUUCACACAGGGAGAAGCCUUACAGUGAAUGUGGGAAAUGUAUUGUCAGUAAAUCAGAUCUGCUGCAACAUCAGAGAAGUCACACAGAAAAUAAAUCUUUCAU